UUGGCGGCGGCGACUCCCUCGCUCGCCCUCACUGCCGGCCGUCCCAGCUCCAGGCACCAUGUUUCGCGCGGUGUCCCCCAGCCACACCAUCCUCGGGCUCCCCCUGCUGCAGCUGGUGCUGCUGCUGCUGCUGGUGCAGGCGGUGGGGAGGGGGCUGGGCCGUGCCAGCCCGGCCGGGGGCCCCCUGGAAGAUGUAGUCAUCGAGAGGUACCACAUCCCCAGGACCUGUCCCCGGGAAGUGCAGAUGGGGGAUUUUGUGCGCUACCACUACAACGGCACUUUCGAGGAUGGCAAAAAGUUUGACUCGAGCUAUGACCGAAGCACCUUAGUGGCCAUCGUGGUGGGCGUGGGACGCCUCAUCACCGGCAUGGACCGGGGCCUCAUGGGCAUGUGUGUCAACGAGCGGCGACGGCUCAUCGUGCCCCCCCACCUGGGCUAUGGCAGCAUCGGUGUGGCGGGGCUCAUUCCCCCGGAUGCCACUCUCUACUUCGAUGUGGUCCUGCUGGAUGUGUGGAACAAGGCAGACACCGUGCAGGUGAGCACCUUGCUGCACCCAGCCCACUGCCCCCGCAUGGUCCAGGACAGCGACUUUGUCCGCUACCACUACAAUGGCACACUGCUGGAUGGCACUGCCUUUGACACCAGCUACAGUAGGGGUGGAACUUAUGACACCUACGUCGGCUCCGGCUGGCUGAUCAAGGGGAUGGAUCAGGGGCUGCUGGGCAUGUGUCCUGGAGAGAGGAGGAAGAUCAUCAUCCCUCCAUUCCUGGCCUAUGGCGAGAAAGGCUAUGGGACUGUGAUCCCCCCGCAGGCCUCCCUGGUCUUCCACGUGCUGCUGAUUGACGUCCACAACCCCAAGGACACCGUCCAGCUGGAGACGCUGGAGCUACCUCCCGGCUGCGUCCGGAGAGCCGUGGCUGGAGACUUCAUGCGUUACCACUACAACGGCUCGCUGAUGGACGGCACCCUCUUUGAUUCCAGCUACUCCCGCAACCACACCUACAACACCUAUGUGGGGCAGGGUUACAUCAUCCCUGGGAUGGACCAGGGGCUGCAGGGUGCCUGCAUGGGGGAGCGCCGGAGGAUCACCAUCCCCCCCCACCUGGCCUACGGGGAGAACGGGACUGGAGACAAGAUCCCUGGCUCCGCUGUGCUGAUCUUCGACGUCCACGUCAUUGACUUCCACAACCCUGGGGAUCCGGUGGAAAUCAAGAUUCUGUCCCCGCCCCCGGAGACCUGCAAUGAGACGGCCAAACCCGGGGACUUUGUUCGCUACCACUACAACUGCUCCCUGCUGGAUGGCACCAAGCUCUUCUCCUCCCACGACUACGGUGACCCCCAGGAGGCUACUCUGGGGGCCAACAAGGUGAUCGAAGGCCUGGACACGGGCCUGCAGGGCAUGUGCGUGGGAGAGAGGCGGCAGCUCGUGGUGCCCCCGCACCUGGCCCACGGAGAGAGCGGAGCCCGGGGUGUCCCUGGUAGUGCGGUGCUCCUGUUUGCAGUGGAGCUGGUGUCCCGGGAAGAGGGGCUGCCCACAGGCUACCUGUUUGUGUGGCACGAGGACCCUCCUGCCGACCUGUUUGAAGGCCUGGACCUCAACAAGGAUGGCGAGGUCCCCCUGGAGGAGUUCUCCACCUUCAUCAAGGCGCAAGUCAGUGAAGGCAAAGGACGCCUCAUGCCUGGGCAGGACCCGGAGAAAACCAUAGCGGACAUGUUCCAGAACCAGGACCGCAACCAAGAUGGCAAGAUCACGGUGGAGGAGCUCAAGCUGAAGUCAGAUGAAGACCAAGAGCGGGUCCACGAGGAGCUCUGAAGGCCAGGGGCCUGGGCCCAAAUGCAAAGGCCCACUUCUGGGAGGACAGUGGGCAGUGGGGCUGACCUUCCAAGAGUCACCUUCCCCUGUGCUGGCAUGAUGUCGAGAAACAUCUAGAACUUGGUCAGAGGAGGCAACUCUGGUCUUCCCACCAGCCCCCGAGUAAAAUCCACAGCACAGACCUCUAUUCAGUUUUUCUCUUCUGACCCCAAACCCCUCCUUUACAAGUUUUGGAGUCCCAAAGCCAAGCCGGCCACUGGCCGAGCCUAGGGGAUGAACGGGGCAAUUGCCGGUGCCUCACCUAUACCUCCCCUCCACGUCACCAGACACUGAACAAGGCCGAGCUUGUCCUUUCUUGCCCCAAACUUCCCUUUUGUCCAUACUUUCCCUUGCCGCCCCCAGCCACCCCUCCUCCGGUCCCUAUUCCUGUGUCGUGGCAGCUCCCCAGGAGCAUGAACCAGGACUGACCGGACCCUCAGCCUUCCUCUCUCCGCUCUGUCUGGCUUCUGUCCCACCCCCUCCCCUGUGUCCCCACACUAUGCUGUCCACCCCUCACUCCGGCCAGUAGUGGCUGAAGUGACCCUGGGGUGCCGCAUUCAGGGCUGGGCUUGGCGUUCCCUUUCAUCCCUAAGGAAGGAUGCUUUCUCUAAGGGACGGAGAAGAGGAAGAAUAUGAAGGGGGCAGGGGUGAGGAUAACUACUUGGGUGGGUCUUGGGGCUACGAAAUCCUUGGUUCUGGGCUGAGAUAAACUUGGAAGAAGGGCUCGUGGCGGGUGGGGGGAGAGCUCCGCACACUCAAAAGGCUAAAGUGGUAUCCGAUCCCUUUCUCCUUUGUACCAAAUAAAAGACUAAACCAAAGGCCUCAGGAUGUGCUCUUCUGGGGGCAGGGGGAGGCCCUUAGACCAAGGACUGGGGAAGAAAGGGGAACAAAGCAGGCGCUCAAGAUACUGUGUCCCCAGGUUUCCGCCUCGUGCCUCCUGAGGCCUAACCAGGGCCCUCCCCAUGGAAAGGGAGCCCCCUAUCUGCUGGAGGGAGGGUGGGGAGUGGGCGUCUACAGAGGGGCCUGUGGGGAGGUGUGGAGAGAUGAUCCCUGUCUCCUAACUAUCCCAACUGAAUGGAAAGAUGAGGUCCCUGACCUCAAACAUGACAGAAGAAACUCAAGGAUUAAAUUAAGCUGCACAGGUCGGAUUCCUCUCUUCCAUGUAGACUUGUUCCGAUGCUAGGCUACCCCCACCUCUCCCUGCUCCUGGCUGCCAGCCAUUACCUCCUGCCAGAUCCUCCCUCCUGUCUGAAGGAAAGGUAACAGGGCUCCAAUCCCCAGGGUCUUGAGGGAGGAGUUGCUUCAGCCAGCACCCGCCCAGCUGGACUCUGGCCAGGACAACAAAGAUGACCUAAGCCAGGAGAGGACAGACAGGAGAGCGGGGGAGCCUUGGGAGACUGAUGGUCCGGGACUCCCCGAACUGACCCACCCCGCACAAGCACCCACUUCUUGCCCAGGAUCCCAAGACACGGCUUUUCCCCAUGGCCAGUCACGGACACUCCUGGCCCCAAAGCAUCCCGAACGCACUUCGGGGUCUGACAGUGGCUGUGGGCCGGCCUCAGAUGGUCACCACCCGCCCCCAGAAGCGAACAGGCCAGCUCAGAACCAGAGCCUGCGUGCAGGUGGAGGCGAGCAGCAGAAAUGCGAUGGCAUUGGUCAGAAACACUGAAAUCUGGCGCCAGCUCCUAGCUAUGGCGUGGGAGCAAGUUUCUGGUCUUUUCCGAGCCACCUAUAGAUGAGAACUACACCUACCUUCAGGGCCCUAGUGAAGGAGGCACUGCCGUCCCCUUCAGAGCCUCAGGGAAACGCAUGCGCCACAGCCGGGCACGCUUUGCGGGAGGAUGAGGGGUGUGUUUCUCUGAGGACAGGCUACAAAAUGCCAGGGGAAACUGGUACGUUUCCAUUUUUUCUUCAAAAGGUGCCCUAGAGAGAAUUCAGCUAGUUCUUGACCAUCCAAGUCAACAGGGGAGGGAGAAGGAAAGAAGCUGAAGGAAGCCCAGUGAUGCAGGACGACGGAGCAGAGAUCACUUCCACUUUACUGUGUCACUGAGUGCCUUCACCCUUCAGGUCCCGGUCUUGACUCCCCUGAAGUCACCCAUCUUCGUGGCCCUGGGCCCACAUAAGGAAGAGAAGACACAGCAGGAGCCAACGGCACAAGAGAAAAUCUGCACCCAAAUGGAUCCCUUUGGGGAUCCAUAAAUAGGGAACUCUGCACACAGGGCUGGCCAGACCCAACUGACCCCAACUGAAGUCCAAGUUUAACAGCUACUUCAGCAUCAAGUGAAACCAUCCCAGGUCAGAAACGCACCUUUCAACCCCACCUGCCCACCUCGGUCCACAGGCAUAUUUAGGACGUGCUCAGAGGGUCCUGUGAGUGAAUUUGGUGUUUUGUAU